AUGGACUAAAUAGACGAAAUUAUAAGAAUUUUAAAGGUAAGUCCAGAUGAUAGACAGCAAGAAGAUAUUAAUACACUUCUAUAACUGACUAAAGACAUACAGUUUUUUAAGUAUUAUUUCGAAUAAGGUAAAACUGAUAUACAUAAAAAGUGUUGUAAAUGCAUGGUAUUAGAAUAACAUUAAGAAAGAAGUGUUGUAUUUAACAUAGGAACUAUAGGCUAUAAAUUCUAUAUUAUCCUUGAAGGAGAAGUAGGAGUAUACAUAAAAAAUAAAAAAUCGAAUGCACCAACAAUAGAUUUUGAGAAACUUAUGCAGCUGAAGCCAAGAAAUAAACUUUAAAAAGUAGCCCGUAUUUUAAAGAGUUAGAAUUAUAAACUAGAAACAGAGAAUAGCGUGAUGAAAGAAGCGAAUACAAUUGGUGCAAUUUUUGAAAAAGCCUUAAAAAAUUAAAUAUAAAAGUAUCGCUAACAAUCUCUGUAAUUAAGCAGAUUUAAUACAGUAGAAGGGGAUUUUGUACAAGUAAGUACUUUAAAAGCCGGCUCAUCAUUUGGUGAAUUAGCUUUAAUAAAUGAUAGACCUCGUUUAGCUACAAUAGUCUGCUCUUAAAACUGCAAGUUUGCUGUAAUUGACAAAGAUAAUUUUUAAAGGAUUUUGAAAGAGUAAGAAGAAAUCAAGCUCAUAAAAGCCCUAAAUUUAUAUAGUUCUAUUCCUUUAUUUGAAAACUUUAGCACAUAUUUACUCAAAUAAGUUCAUUGGUCUUCAUUUAAGGUAAAAUACAAAAUGAAUGAAAAGGUAUUUGCUUAAGGUGAAGAAUCUGACUGUAUGUAUAUUGUAAAUUCUGGAUAAUUUUUGAUUUUCUAAAAAUUCGAAUAAUCUACAAAGACUGCAAUUGAAGAAGAGGAGAUGAAUAACUUAAAUGAUGAGUAAUUUUUUAAUAGCUAUAAAAUAUAACCAUAAGGAAAAAAAAAGGCUAUAAAUACUAACUUUAAUUAUAUUGAAGGGACAGAUAUAAAAAUUGCCUAGUUACUUCCUUACCAACUUAUUGGGGAGGAGGAUUUGUUUGAAGGCAGUAAAAGAAGCUAUAAUGUUAUAUGCACCUCUUUGGAAGGAGAACUAAUCAGAAUUAAGCUUAAAGAAUUUAAGUAGAAGAUCCUGAAUGAUGUUGGAGCUCACCAAUAUCUAACUAUAAAUGUGCCAAAAAAGAGAAAAUUAUACGAAGAAAAAAUACUACAUUAAAAAACAAUUAUCAUUAAUAAUAUUUAAUUGAUAUCUUCUAAGUAGCCAGUACUAUCUCUCCAAACAAAACUUUAGAACGGAAAAAUUGAAGAAGCUUAAUUCUUUAAUUAGAAAUUAGUUGUCCCUUCUUCUUAAAUAAAAAAAUAAAAUUUUCUUAAUGCUCUUUCUACUAACUCUUCUUCUAAAAGGUGUAGCGACUAAAUCCCUAUAUCUUCUUAAUCCCCAUAAAAAAAAGUUAUAACUUCUUAAUCUCAUUAAAAGGAAACAUAUGAAAGUACAAAUUUGUAAACAGAAUCAUCUUCUACUUCUUAUCAAAGAAAAUCUGGCAUCAUAAACAACUUUCUAGACAGUGGUUAAUCUGUUAAAACUCAAUAAUCAAAUACAUAGCAAGGUGAUGUUUCAAAUUAGCUCAAUAUAAAUGCUUUUGGUUAAAAUAUAUCUUCACCAAACAGACCUCUAUCAAGUAAAAAUGGCAAUUAACAUGAAGCCCUCAAACAGUAUUUCUUAAGUACUGGUGAUCCACUUCUACGUUCUUGUUUCUAAGAUGAAAUUAAUGUGUAAAAUCAAGGAUCCUCUAAAUAGCAAUACAAAAAAGAAAUGGUCUUGGAAAAUAUAUUCAAACACUAAAAUAAAAACCCAGGAAAUCAUAAGUAUCAUCCUACAGAGAAGAUGUAUAAUCAACCAAUUAAAGAAGAUUAUGUGAAUGUAAAUGGAAAUAUAAGGCAGGUAUUAAAAUACAGAAAUCCAACUGAAAAUUCUGUUGGUUUUAUACUCAAAUAUCAUCCCUCAGAGAAGCUUCCAACUGAACCAACAAAAUCAAAUAGAACAAUAACAUUUAUUCCUACUAACAUUGAAGAAUCCUCUCCAGUUUCAAUUAACAAUAAAAGAGGUGUAAAAACUAUGGUUGAUCUUGGUCCUGCUGACUUAGUAAAUAAGGUAGAACCUACUAUAAAUGGUAUAAGAUCUUCAAGAAUGAUAAAAAUGAAAAAAAUGAUAAAAGUAAUUGAUAAGCAAUCUUAAAAUUCAAAUUCGACAAAUAAACCUAUCGAGUUAACUGGAAAUUAAUCUAGCCUAAUUAAGUAUAAAGCUAUUUCAGUGAAUACAUUUUCCCAACUUCCAAAACAAAAUAUGUAUAAAUCUUAGACAAACCUACAUAAUAACUAGGAGAGUACAUAAGAUAUGCAUACUUCUAGUAAUAAAGCAAACUACAAAAGCAGUAACUCAAUCAAAUCUUUAUAAGAUUUAGGUAAUUUUAACUAAAUACAUUAAAGCUAGUAUGAAUAAAACAUUUUAAACAUCUAAAAAUGCUAAUCAAAAUAUACCAAUAAUUCUUCUUAAAGUAACAUUCAUUCUAACUAUGGCUAUGACUCUGAUAGGAUAUAGACAGAUAGAAGUAAAAGCAAUUAAAUAUAUCUACUUUAGUCAAGUCCAAUAAAAUCUAGCAAUAUUAGAAGGCACACAGAUAAAGUGAUUAAUCUUUCAAGUCAUUAAAAAGAUUCAUUUAGUUCUAACAUAAUUAUUGAAGAAAAUUAAAAUAAUCCUUCUUUGAAACCUAUUUUUACUCCCAAUACAUAAAAAAAUAUAAAUGCUUGUAAAAUUAUAAGUGAUGGUUCUUAAAUUUUAAAAGAUAUCAUAAAAAAUAAUAACCAAUUAACGAAGUCAACAUCAAACAAGAACAACUAAAAUCGAGUUCUUGUUUCUCAAUAAGGUUUUAGAAAAAGUGAUAUUGUUUAAAAUCUAUUUUAUUCCCCAUAAAAAAGAGAAAACCAAACAAAUAAAAAAAAGAUAUUAUUCUCAUUUACUAACUUAAAUAACAUUAUUUCAUCCAUGGAAAUGGCUACUUAAACAGACAUGGAUCCAAUUUCUUAUGAGGAAAAUAACUAUAACUUAAAUAACAUACAUUCAAACUAAUAAAAACAAUGA